GUGUUGUAUAUUGACAGGGAAUUGAUUGUCGAAGAACGAGAUGGCGGGCGAUGAACUCAAUCAGGCCAAUGGCGCGGACCAGCGGUCGGUUACGUUCGGUCAACUGGUUGCUCUACUGGAUGGGCGCGCGGUGACGCGAUCCAACAUCCCUAAGGUUUCGAUCUUCCACUUCAAAGGAGAUAAGGUGUCAGAGUGGCUUGAGUUGCUCGAGAAAAUUACUGACGAGAUGACGGAAGAAGAAAAGUUUCGUCAAAUCUCUAAGUACGUCUGGUGGGAGAUCCGGCCGGAAGUUAUGCUGGUAGCAACUGAGGCCGCAGGAAAUUGGGGGAACUUUAAGGCAGAAAUGCAGAGGCGGUAUCAGUUGGGAGAUGGCCUCCUUACGACGGAGGACUUGGAAAGGCUAGAGAGGUCUGAUUUCACGACGGUGGGUGCCUUCGCGACGGCUUUCGAAAAGAUGGCGAGGAAGGUUCCAGGGUUGGCCGAGGAGUCCCAAUGUGCCAUCUUCCUAAGCAACUUCACGGAAUGCGAUAGUGUUUCCCUGACCAAAAGAGGGGCCAUAGGGAGGAAGUUGACUUGGGAGACGGUGAAGCAAAGCUUGGCAGAUGGGGAGUUGGACCAGGCCCGAGUUGUCACUGAAGGAGAAGGUAUCAACCUUCAACAGCUUAUUGCGGAUGGAAUAGCCAAGUACCAAGCCGACCAACAGAAGGUGGCAGGAAAACAGGUUUUGACAUUGACUCAGCCUCAGGCAAAAGCUGCAAAGAAGGUGGUGGAGCAGAUGGGAGAUGAUGAUGACGAUGAGGAAGAAGAACCGGUGAAGCUGAUAAAAAGUCAGAGAAAGGUGAGGAACCAGUUCUUAGGUGGUCAAGGUUCGGGGAAGAAUACAGGAGUACAAGUCGUCGCGCCAGCCCAAGUAAAUGUCAAUCAGGCAAGCACGAGUGCAGCACCACCACAGGGACCAGCGUCGGUUGGACCUUGGCCAGGGACCAUUCCUCCUGUUUGGCCGGGGUAUAGGCCAUAUGGCCCAUUGCCGUUUUACAACCAAGUCGGGCCGCCUGUGGGAGGGCCGACUGUGCAUGCUGCAGGAGGAUACCCCAAUGCGCCAACUCAAGGAGUGAACUGGCAAGGGGGGGGCCAACAGCAGCAGCAAGUACCCCCGCCUCGAGUCAACCAACCCGGUCAAGCAGCGGGUCAAGGACAAGGUCAGAACCAACGAGGUAACGGGCAGAGCAAUCAGGGCCGAGGCAAUGGAGGCCGCGGACGGGGUAACGGUAAUGGUGGACAAGGCGGUAAAGGGAGCGGAAGUGGAGUCAAUUGGAAUGGGCAAGGCGGGAAUAAUAGGCCAAGGUUCGAUUGGAGAAAUGCCAUUUGCCAUCAUUGCGCACUAAAAGGGCAUACCUUCAGGUUUUGCCAAAUUCGAAAAGUAGAUGAGGGAAAUGGCCUUAUCUCAACAAACAUGGAUGGAGAUAUCUAUAAUAUGCAUGGGAAAUAUAUUGACCCUAAGAUUGCAGGUGGUAUGCGCAAGGAGGCGCUUCGUCGAGCCGAACUAGGUCGGCCACCACCGGCCAUGUUCCGACUCUGGCAAGAGGAAGAUGUCAGGUCAACAAUAAAAGUGAAGGAACUGGUCAAUAGUGAGUCCGAAGAGGACAUCAGGAGGGAAGAGCCAGUCGUGAUAGAAGAGGAGGAGGAAGAAGAAUCGUAUUGCCAAGGAAGGGUCAUAGAUACCAUGGAGCAAAUGGAAGACCUCGUGGAGAAGAUGCAGAGGUUGAAUUUGAAAAUGAGGUCCAUUUGCGACGAGGUGGCGAAGCCGAUGGUUUUCUUACUAGGCUUAGAGACAGGGCCAUCGAGUGUCAAACCGGCUUGUCAGACCUUGGGAUCAACCCCGGGAUCUGGCAUUACAUUCCGGCCUCCUCGAGGGCAACCCACAUUCCCGCAAGCAGUAUGCACGAGGAGUAAGAAGGGAGAUACCAGUAGCUGUCAGGAACCUCCGAGCGAAAGUCAGCCACGAGAGAAGAAGCCAGUUAUCGACGUGGGGGGCGAAGGCAAGGAGGAUGAGGAAGAUGAGUGGCUAAGGAAAGAAGAGGAGGAGCAAGCCGCCCAGCGCGCAAAGAAGAGAAAGACGGAAGAGAGGCCAGAGAAAGCAGUGAAAGGAGAAAGCUCGUGGAAACAGAAGUACGCGGUACCAUUAGAAGAUGGCCUAGACAUUGAAGCCUUGGCCGAUAGGCUUUUGCAGGGUCAUAAUGACCUGCUUAAUUUAAAGGAAAUCCUCGCCUCAGCGCCUAAGCUUAGGGAAGGAUUCAAAACGCGACUCUCUCGUCGAAGGGUGGCGAGCGUACGACUAGGAGAUCUCAUCCCUGUCGAGGCUCAUUGGGCGGUUCCUGGGACGAAAAUGGAUUGGAAAUCGGUCGGGACUGGGAGUGUGAACCUGAGUAUAAAGGGGCCUACAGCCUUGGGGGACAUUCUGAUCCAAGCUUAUGUAAAUGGUGAAGAGAGGCCAUUGAGAUUCGAGAGUCGAACCUUGAAUGGCACUGAGAGAAACUACUCACAGUUCAAGCGGGAGAUACUGGCAGUUCUCCACUGUCUAAGGGUGUUCCGCAACUACCUUUUCAGAAGGAGGUUUGUACUGAGAGUGGAUCCGACGGCAUUGGUCAGCUCCUUGAAAAACUAUGCACCGUCAGACCCAACCAUAGCCAGGUGGCUCACGUAUGUAUGGAUGUUUGACUUUGAGAUGGAACGCAUACCUGGGAAUAAGAAUCGGGCUGACAGACUUAGUCGGAUCAAUUGGGAUAAGUCUGGCGAUAAAGCUAAUGAGGAUAUACCUCCGGUAGAUGCAUUCCUCGAUGAAGAGGAAGAUGUGAAGCUCCACAUCAAUGCGCAUGCCGUUAGGGUCAGUGGAGUCAUUGUGCAAGGGCAGUCUGCUUUUCUUGCUCCUGCAGGGUACGUAAAGCGAGCAGAUAUAGUCCUCAAGGACUUCGUGGAGGAGGAUCCUUGGGGAGGGAAGGAGGUUGAAUGGAUGGCAAAGCUUGCAUUGACUGAGAUCUUCCAGUUAGGAGAAGAUCCAUUGGUCAUUGAGAGUGGAGCCUACUCACUCGACACGCACACAAAGUAUGUGGCGGAUGUGAGUUUCCUUGUCAACUCAAUUGUCCAAGUGCAAGAGGAUGGAGAAGGGAGUCGAGACCCUGUAAGAGAUAUGGAAGAGGACGAGUUCGAGGAAGGAGAGAUAAUGGAGGUUUUUCGCACAGCUAAGUACGAAGGCGUAUACCGUGAACUAGGUUUGCUUCUCUCAUGUGAGAUCAGAGAGAGAGAAGCAACUAAGAAGGUACUCGAGAUGCGACCUCGCUUUUUAAUCCGGGAUGGAUACCUUUUCAUCAAAAACGAGGUUGGCAACCCGAGGUGGGUGAUCUGCGGCCGAAAUCAUCAGAUAGACGUUAUAGUUGCACUUCAUGAUGGGCCCGCAGGUGGUCACAGAGCAUUUGCCUUGACAUAUGCGACGGCGCGUGAGCUUUAUUAUUGGGAAGGAAUGAGCGAGAUGAUUUGCAAGUAUUGCGAGUCGUGCAUUCCAUGUCAAAUAAGGGCGUCGACUAUGUAUAAGGAGCCAUUGUACCCGCGGAUUGUACGAGACGCAGGAGCAGUGGUCCAUUUGGACCUACUGGCAAUGCCUCAAGGAGUGGGCGACUACAAUUACAUCUUCGACGAGCGGGACAAUCUUACGGGAGGACGCAGGCUACGCAGAGAGGUUGGGGAUUACAUCCCGGAGCUCAGGGUACGCCCGCGAGCGCAGCUAGAGAGAGAUGAGGAUGAUGAGGGGCGAUUGCGACAGCAGCAGAGAGAGAGUGGGCAGCCAGAGAUUCCACGCAGGUCUAGGACAGGCAGGCGUAGAGAACGUCAGAAUCGAGGGGAUGAUUUUGAGGAGAGGGAUCAGGUACUGACUAGUGAUGUUGGGAAGGUGCUCUCCACAUAUGAUUUGGGGGUGGAGACCUUACUGAUAGGAUCUCAGAGUCAGGACGAUUCAUCUAUCCCUGAGAGUGGGACAUCACCAGUACCAGAGAUGCCCCCCCCCCCGACUGAAGUAGGGAUCAACGGCUGUGAUCCUAGAGGUGCGCCUGAUGUGGAUGAGGGUGCUCAGCCUAUGAUCGGACAGGAUGGGGAGGAGGCUACCCCACGGCUUGUGUUGACGAUUGCUUCAGUCCGGCGUACAGAGACAAAUACCAUGGAGGGAGUGGUUUCCAAUAUAACAUCAGAGAGGCCUUAUCGAUGGAGAGACACACGUGACAUGGCAUUAGAUCUCCCACAAAGGGAGCUACCGCUUAUGAUAGGGCCUGCCACUAUAUUACCGAUGCAGGAGCACGAGGGGCCUCAGCCUGAGUGGCCGCGAGAGACGACACCGAUGCAUGAUGAGCUAGGGCAUGAUGGGCAGAGGGUCCAGUCUCAGUCAGAGCCGGCAGUGGAGGAUGGUGAGAGAGGUGCGAUGGGACCCUCAUCAUUGGGCGGAUCGUCGUUACUGAGCGAGAGUCGAUUGGCUGAGAAACCAACUGAGCCCGAGAGUUCAUUGACUGCCCAGCUAAAUGACAUGGAGUCUCCUAGGAUGGUGAUGCGACAGGAGGUAUCCCAACCCUCGCCCAUGGACAUGGAGACAGAGCGAGUUGAGGCCGAGGUUUUGUGGCUAGGUAGAGAGGGUCUCACGGAGGACACGCAGACCCAGCGAGUGGAGACGUCACCACUAGACUUUGGGGAUACUCCACGACGAGAUGGUGAUCAGACUGAGGCCAGUAUGAGGGGCCACAUUGAGGUCGGCGCGGAGCAUACCCAGGACGCAUCUCCGACUCAUGAGGAGGAGAGCUUGCCGGAGUCUCGGGGACCGAUAGAUCAUGAGCCUGUCAUGGGGGAUGCAUGGCUAGCCGAGGAGAUGGGACGGAUGCCAUCAUUACAUUUUCCAGGGUGGCUGACUUUUAAGCGACUGGGCCAGGUCGCGAGACCACACUUGUCGGUUGAUCAGACCACUAGUGGGCUCAGGGUACUGUAUGACGACUUAACCUUGCAGAGAAACUAUACUGGUAGUGGCCUCGUAACAGCUCGACAGGCGAUAGAGCAGGUUCGGGAUUACACGAGGAGAGUUGUCAUCCGAUCCUUUGAGUUGAGUUGCGAAAGACAGAUGGAGCACGAUGCACUGAGAGAGGUGACACAGAGACUCUUCUAUGAGGAUGCGGCCAUAGCUGGAUGGCAGGAGGAGGUUAGGAUGAGGAGACGGACAAGAGAGGAGCCUAUGCCUGAGGGCGAGCGUACGCAGGCGGAGGACGGGCUUCAGGGGAGAUUGUUGUUUGAUGCCUCAGUGCGAGAGUUGGUGGGAGUGAUGGAGCAUGUCAGGAGACUCACGAAGACCGAGGUUGCACGAGGAGAGGUGCUUCAGGGUGCGGUACAGAGGAUCGGUACUCUGGAGCCGGAGAACAGAGGAUUGAGGGACACGGUACGUGAUCUUGUCACCAGCGCCGAGCGGGCAAGACAGUCCACCUCGAGGCUCGAGCAGAGGAUUACUGACCUAGAAAAGUGUUUGAGGCAUCAGACCACGACAGAUGUGUCAACGAGAGGAGGAGUGAGGAGCAGCAGAUUCCUCUUGGACAGGCACAUGUCUCUCAUGAGGUAGAGCCAGGUGGAGUGAGACCGGAUAUCCCACAACGAGA